AUGUUUCCAGGCGCAGGACGACACACGUACACCAAUCAAGAACAACAAAACCAAAACCGGCCAUCAAGACCCAACGGCCCACCACCAGGGUUCGAUGGUCAGCAGCAACAAUACCAGCAGUACAAUAGACCCGGAGUGCCACCUCCCAACAUGCAGGGUGGUGGUUCUUUCGAGGGCGGACAGGGCUUCCAGAGGCCUUCACAGCCUCCUCCACCCAACUCACAACAGUAUCGAAACGAUGUUCAAGCUAACCAUGCACAACCUAGUUUCGUGGAUGGCCCCAGUCAAUACCAGCAGCCCCAAAAUUUGAUGGCUCCGCCACAAAACGCUCAGGUUGCUGGUAGUGGGUCUAAUAACGAAUUUUCGUACCAGUACUCGCAAUGUAACGGGAGACGUAAAGCUCUACUUAUCGGAAUCAAUUACUUUGGCUCCCAAAACGAGCUUCGCGGAUGCAUUAACGAUGUUCACAACAUGCACAACUUUUUAACCUCCCGUUACGGCUACCGUCCAGAAGAUAUUGUCGUGCUCACUGAUGAUCAACAGAACAUGGAAAGCAUACCUCUCAAGCAGAACAUUUUGCGGGCUAUGCAGUGGCUGGUGAAUGGAGCACAGCCCAAUGACGCACUUUUCAUUCAUUACUCCGGUCACGGUGGUCAAACUAAGGAUUUGGACGGCGACGAAGAAGAUGGAAUGGACGACGUCAUCUAUCCCGUUGACUUUCAGUCACAGGGACACAUAGUGGAUGACGAAAUGCACGACAUCAUGGUCAGACCUUUACCUCCAGGUGUGCGGCUCACUGCCCUCUUUGAUUCAUGCCAUUCGGGUACCGUUUUGGACCUUCCUUACACUUACUCUACCAAAGGUGUGAUCAAGGAGCCCAACUUGUGGAAAGAUGUGGGACAAGAUGGGUUGCAAGCUGCCAUGGCGUAUGCUAGCGGUAAUACCGGUAACAUGGUGCGCUCCUUGGGCUCUAUGUUCAAAAGUGCAACCAGGAAGGCUACCGGUAACUCGAACCGAGACAAUGUUAUACAAAACAAGUUCUCUCCUGCCGAUGUCAUCAUGGUCAGCGGAUCUAAAGACAAUCAAACAUCUGCUGAUGCGGUGGAAAAUGGACAGGCCACUGGUGCUAUGUCUCAUGCUUUUGUCAAAGUACUAAGCAUGCAGCCGCAACAAACUUACCUCAGCUUGUUGCAAAACAUGAGAGCCGAAUUAAGCGGUAAAUACAGCCAGAAACCUCAGCUCUCAAGUUCCCAUCCUAUUGAUGUCAACUUACAAUUGCUUCUCUGA